UAUUUAAAACAGACAACAAUAGAAAUGGAAGAAAUAAUUGACAAGUUUAAUGUGCUCACUGCGAAACCUGUUAAAUACUUAGCAGUCCAAGACGAUGUGAAAAACGACGUUAAAAACUUGAUUAAAACGCUUUACGAUUUUACAAAGUCUCAAGAUGAAGGUGGAAAAAAGAAGAAUAAUGCUUUACCUCAUUUACUGGUCGAUGAUUUUGAUGAAGAACAAAUAUGGCAGCAAGUGGAACUACAAAACUCGCAAUGUUGGGACCAACUGGUAUGGGAGGUUGCUAAUUGCGUGUCGAAUAAAACAGAUCUCACAUUCCCUGUUACUAUAGCCAACCAAAUGGACCCUGAUGAGUUAAACUCUCAAUUAGACAACAAUACAAUUCCUAAGAAAAAAUCAAAAUUGAAAGCCAAUAAAACUUCAAAGAUUAAAAAACAAAAAGAAGUUAAAAAGCAGUCAAAAACUAAAGAAUCAAUUGUUGAUGAUGAUUUCUUUAAAUUGAAAGAUAUGGAGAAGUUCUUGUUAAAAGAGGAAAGAGAUGAUGGUAAAAAAAAGGAUAGUGAUGAGGAAUCUAUUGAUUUCUUCGAUGAUAUUGAAGAUGAUUCAGGUGAUGAAAGAAAAGAAAAUGAUGUAAAGUACUCUGAUUUCUUUGAUGAUGGUGAAGACAAAAAUGAUGAGCAAAAUUAUAACAAUAAUGAAGAUGAAGAAGAAUUUUCAGAUGUAAUGGAGGAAGAUGAUUUAGAAAUGGGAGAAGAAACACCCAAAACAGGUGAUAAAAAGGUCAGAUUUGCUGAUCAACCGGAAUUAAACAGUUCAGAUGAAAGUGAAACAGAAAAUCAAACAAAUGACAAAUCGAAAAAUAAACUAGACACAGAAGAAAAUAAAUCAGAAUUCGAAAAACGUCAGCAACGCUUGCAGCAACAAAUUUCAAGAUUAGAAGAGAAAACAUUAAAAGAAGCACCAUGGCAAUUGAAGGGAGAAGUUGACGCAUCUAAACGACCACAGAAUUCAUUACUUGAAGAGGUUGUUGACUUUGAUUUGACUACCAGGCCACCUCCGAUCAUAACAGAACAAACGACAAUAACACUAGAAGAGAUAAUACAACGCAGAGUGAAGGAUAAAGCAUGGGAUGACGUUGAGAGGAAGGAAAAACCGGUUGACGAUCAACUUGCGUUCCGUAAACCUGAAGUUUUAGAUCAUGCUAAGAGCAAAUUAAGUUUAGCUCAAGUCUAUGAAGCUGAGUAUUUAAAACAGAAGCAUGGGGAACCUGAAGAAGAGAAUGAACCUCAAGAACAUAAAGAAUUGAGGGAUUCUAUGGAAAAGUUGUUUUCUAAAUUAGAUGCCUUAUGCAAUUAUCAUUAUACACCGAAACCUCCUCAAGCUGAAGUGAAAAUUGUUUCUAACACUCCGGCAAUUUCUAUGGAGGAAGUGGCACCGGUAGCAACAAGUGAAGCAGCGUUACUCGCACCUGAAGAAGUAAAGAAGAAACUCAAAGGAGAUUUAUUAAGUAAAGAUGAGAGAACACAAACUGACAAGAAGAGAGAAAGAAGGAAGAAGAAGAAGUUGCAACAUCUCAAGGGUAAUGUAACAAAGGUAACGGAAAAUAGAAACACAAAGAAGGGUGUAGAAAGUAAUGAUAAAUCAAUUAAAACAUCCAAAGCUUUCUUCCAACAAUUAAAUGAUGAUUCAAAUAGUGUUAUUAAGUUAAGAGGAAAACGUAAGAAUAAGGGUCAAUAAAUAAAUAUGUUAAAAAUUGUA